CUUCUCUCUCUCUUUCACAAACUUUUCCUUUUCCAUGAAAAAGGCUACCAGAUUCACUCCUUGAAAGCUCUCUCUCUCUCUCUCACCGCUUUUCCCAACUGCACUUGAAGAUGAAGCUUUGACAGUUGCCUCAUUCGCAACUACACUGUCACAUGUAUCUUCUACACUUUUCCUUUCCCUCUCUGGAAUUUUGAAAAUCAGAGCCCAACUUUUCGCAAAGGGGGCUCAAAUUUGCAUGCCAAACCCAUCUCAACAUCAUUCCCUACUCCAAAAAGACACUACAUUAAUAGCCGGUACGUCCAAAUUCCCCCCCACUGUUUAAAUUAAACCCCUUCUUUUUUGACUGAUUAAAAGCAUUUUACAACUCCAACUUUGGCAGUUACAAAAGAGGAAAAUUUUCAUUUCAAAAGGGGGGGGCAUCACCGAUUGUGUACAAUGCACUGUUGCGACCUUAUUUUUGUCUGUAGAUCUGUUUAGGCUUCUGAGGGUUUUUAUAGGGAUUUUGCCUUUUAUAUGCAUAUACAUUGCUCGAGAUUGGCAUAGAGCGUUGUUAUGAUAUAGAAUAAGGUUAAAUAUAGGUGAAGUUGGAGAAUGCCAAGGCAGAAUUUGAUCAAUGUUGAUGUCAAAAUUGGAGGGAGGAAAUGCAAAGUGAGGAAGAGGGGUUGUUCAUCGUCGUCUUCCUCAUCGUUGGUGCAGAAUAACCGGUUGAAGCGCGCUUUUUUGGUGGGGAAACGAGUGGGAUCGAGCACCCCUGUUCCGAGGUGGAAGAUGAUGAGCUCCAGAUCACCAUCAGUGGAGAGUGACAAGGCGGCAACUCUAAAGUAUUUGGCGACAAGGGGUGGCGAGAAGGCGAGGGAGUUGUCGAUUUCAGCCCGGAAACUGGCUGCCACUCUCUGGGAGAUUGAUGGUAUGCCUUCACCAAGAGUGAGGAGGGAUAAUUUUGAUGAUAGGAGGAGUGCGGUAGGGGGAGUUGUUAGAUUGGAGGAGGCGAAAUCAGGAUCAACGGCUCUUGUUUUGUCUGAUCUGUUUCGUAGUCCUGUUGCUGAGGGAAUGGAACCUCUUCCGCCAAAGAUGGCCAGCCAUAGAAGGAGAGCAUCAGCAAGUUCUCAGAAGCUUCUGCAGGUUGAUAGUGGUUUGGGAGGCACCAAAUCUCCUCAUAAUUGCCUCGUUGAGACGAUGCAGGUUGAUCAGGUGCAGAACCAUGCCCGGAGCCCAUGUAGGCAAGUAGUUGGAACCAAGAAUCGUCUCCAGGAUGUGUAUAACGGCCUCAUAACUUCUAAAGAGUUGCUCAAAGUGAUGAGCCGCGUUAGCCAUCUUGAAGAACAGAACUCUACGCGUUUAUCCCUUUUCUCGGCCCUAAAGUUUGAGCUUGACCGGGCUUGUAUCCAUGUAAGUAAAUUGAUCCAAGAGCAACGGAAGGGGGGUGAGAUUGGUGUUUUGGUAAAGCAGUUAGAAGAGGAGAAGUUAGUUUGGAAAUUGAAAGAGCAAGAUAGGAUUCGCAAUGCCAUUGCAUCUGUAAAUGGAGAGCUCGAAACAGAGAGGAAACUGAGGAGGCAGACGGAGAGGCUGAACAAGAAGCUUGGAAUAGAAUUGGCGGAGACAAGGGAGUCCCUGACGAAGAUAACCAAGGAGCUCGAGAGCGAGAAGAGGGCACGAGAGAUAUUUGAGCAAGUGUGUGAUGAGCUGGCUCGAGGCAUAGGGGAGGAUCGGGCCGAGGUGGAGGAACUCAAGAGGCGAUCGGCUAAAGUCUGCGAAGAGGUGGAGAAGGAGAGAGAGAUGCUUCAGUUAGCUGAUGUGCUGCGUGAGGAGAGAGUGCAGAUGAAGCUUGCGGAGGCCAAGUAUCAAUUUGAGGAGAAAAACGCCCUCGUGGACACGUUGAGGAACGAGCUUGAGGCCUACUUGAAGUCCAAGAAUGGCGAAGAGCAACAACAAGGUGAUGGCUCUCCGAGCUAUGACAAGAUCAAGGAGCUCGAGAGAUACUUGAGGGAGACGCUGCCUAGCCCAUAUGAGUACCAAGAUAAAGACAGAGACGAUGUUUUGGUUGUUUCAGCAGUAAACAAAGCUGAUCAACACAAAGAAGAAGAAGAGGAAGACGAUGAUGAUGAUGAUGUUGAUGAUGAUGAGGACGAUGAUUCAGCUGACAGCGACCUCCACUCCAUCGAACUAAACAUGGACGACAUCAGCAAGAGCUUUCAAUGGGGUGGCCCUGCCAAAGCUGAAUCGAGGAGGAACUCAGUCGACAAGAGCAAAGGGAGAAAGUCUAUCUCAGGAAAGAUCAAGAAACCAACGGCAGCAGCAGCCGCCAUUUUGCCCGAGACAAAGCUCUCAUCAGAUGGGAACAAACAAGAAACCCUAGACAUGUUUGACAGGAGAGGGCUGUUUGAGUUCUCAUCACAGCCAUGGAAGAAGAAGGACGUCGAGGACGAGCUCGAGAGAUACAACAUGAUCAAAGACCUAAGAGACCACAUAGUUUCCACUUCAAGAAUUGCAUCCUCUCAAGACUUGGCCACCUCUCCUUCAAAGGAUCCUCCCAAUGGUGUGCCAUGUCAUGGCUAGCAACUUGAGGCGUCGCAUUGCGCCUCCUUAUCGGGUUUGGGGUAUGGCGAAAACUUCCCUCCAAUGUGGCUUAGCCUAUGCCAUGAAUUCAAGAGUGUAAACAGAAAUUUUUGUUUCCAUAGAUUUACAUAAAGUCUGUAACUGUAUAAAUUAUGCUACUCCUCUUCAGGCAAUGAAAGUAUUGUUAUAUGUUGAAAUUUUUA